AUGGCCGACUGCAAUCCUGUCAUGGCGGACUAUGGUACCAGCGGUGCCGUCAACACGUCGACGUAUGCCAUUGGCGGGGCCGUCGGCGAAAGGGAGAAUGUGACCGCGGCCAACUGCAUCCGGGACCCGGACCAACCGGCAACCCGAAGCUUUUGCCAACACGAAGACGCGUUUCAAUCGAACACGUGCCUCGGGUGUAUUCCACGGGGGGACUGGUCCAAUGCCAAGGUCUCGACCGACAUGACGCUGGUCAGUUUGAGCAACCAGAUCUUUGCUCCGACCAUGAGUGUGUUCACACAGAAUAUCAUGUACAAGGUGCAUCCUAAAGUCCAUGCCAAUCUGAACGGCGCCAUGGCCACGAUGGCAUCCCCAGCGGAUCCCGUGUUCUUCUUCCACCAUUCUAUGAUCGACGCGCUUUGGACCAUCUACUACAAGUGCCAGGCGCAAGGCGCUCGGUCCACCGACCCCCGCGUCUUCCCCCCAUCGGAUUGGAACCUCUUCAAUCGUCGAGUGUGCGGCCCGUACUCGUUCAUUCCAAAGACGACAUCCAUUCGCUUCUCAGUGUCAAGAAGCACCAUGUCAAUGUUGUAUCACAACGGGACAACAGGCGCUGCUACAUUCGACGUCGGCGACCCCCGCAGCCCCCUCGCGCCAUUCUUUGAGUCCACCCCGACAUCGUACCUGGCGUAUUCUCAGUACCCCCCGAGCUCCGGCAUCUCGUACGACUUUGCCGGCACCGGACUCGACGUUCUCUUGAGCGAGUGCUCGUCGUGGCUCACGUCCCCCUCGGCGUCGCCCCCGCCGACUGCCGAGCCCGCAUCGUUCCUAGAAAGCCGUGGCAAAUCCAAGCGCCGCCCCAAGGCCGUUUCCAAGCAAAUCCAUGCGUCCCAGCGCAUGUACACACACACGCGGAAGUACGUGCGCAACGAACGCAAGGCGCGCGAGUACGUUGAAAUGAUGAUGUGCGUCCAUCGUAACGAGUGCCUUGGCGGCGUUUUCGACUACUCCGACUCGUUCAAACGAAGCUUCAAGCUGCAUCUCAGUCCAUACUGCUACGACGUGUUGGAAGACUUGGCGCGUGGCCGUCGAUCGAUCCCCGUGCCAGGAUGGGCCAAGGUCCUCAUGGACACGUUCGGGUGCGACAUCCACCGAAGCACUGGCCACGAGACUUCCAAAAAGCGCCGCCUCUAA